UUAUCAACAAUAACAAGAGCGACGCAACACAGUCCGGCGAUCAAAGUGCGCAGCUCAGUGUGAAAUGACGUGGAUCAACUGAUCAUCAGGAGGGUUCUGUGAAUUAAUGCGUCUUCUCUCGAGUCUGAUUGAUGAUCUGCUCAUUCAAUCUGUACAGGUGUGUGGCGUGGGACAGUGCAAUGGAAUCCUCUGAGACAGAAGGCCGGACCUUUAUUCAGGCGAUUAGUGAAAAAUACAGCCCAGAGAACUUUCCUUGUCGUCGAGGACCAGGCAUGGGGAUUGUGAUUGUACCAUCUGGACCACAGGGGUCACCAAUGAAAGACCGUCUGAACUUGCCCAGUAUGCUUGUUUUAAAUGGUUGUGGAAUUAGUCAUGCAGGAGAUGAGGGAGAAAUCGCUGCCUUCUGUGCCCAUGUAGUUGAACUUGAUCUGUCCCACAAUAAGCUCCGAGACUGGCAUGAGAUCAGCAAGAUUGUUUUCAACAUCCCAAACCUGAAGUUCUUGAACCUCAGCUCUAAUCAACUGAGUGAUGCAGUCUUGGAUCCAGACUGCGCUAAGGCCUUCUCCAGCAUCUGCCGUCUUGUUCUUAAUAAUACUCAAGUAUCCUGGGACACAGUGCACACUUUUACACGAGAGAUGCCUGAACUAGAGGAGCUGUUCCUGUGCCUUAAUAAUUACACCACUGUGACGCUUUCGUCCAUGCCCUGCUCCACUCUGCGUCUGCUCCACAUCACAGACAACAGUCUGCAUGAGUGGAACGAGGUGCGAAAAUUCGGCUCCAUGUUCCCUGCGCUGGACACUCUGAUCAUGGCCAACAACAACCUGAGCUCCAUUCGGGACUCAGGAGAAAUCCUUAGCCGGUUGUUCCCUAAUCUACGAAGCAUCAAUCUGCACAACUCAGGACUUAAUCGAUGGGAGGACAUUGAGAAGCUAAACUGUCUGCCCAAGCUAGAAGAGGUGAGACUGCAAGGUAUUCCUCUGCUGCAGGCCUACACAAGCACAGAGCGCCGCAGUCUGAUGAUAGCCCAGCUGCCCUAUGUAACCUGCCUAAAUGGGAGUGUCGUGACUGACUUAGAGAGAGAGGACGCAGAGAGGUUCUUCAUCCGUUAUCACUUAGACCAUUCUGAGGAAGAGCUGCCUCACAGAUAUCACUGCUUGGUGACCAAGUAUGGGAAGCUGGCUCCUCUGGCUGAGAUCGACCUUCGGCCACGCUGCCACGUCAAGGUGGAGGUGCGCUAUGAAGACAAAGUGGAGCAGGUGAGCAUCCGGCUGAACCAGACCGUUGCAGAGCUGAAAAAGCAGCUGAAGACAGUAGUACAGCUCCCCACCCACAACAUGCGCCUUUACUACAUUGACAAGGGUAUCGCCUUCGGGCCUGAUGAGCUGAAAUACAGCACACGGGCUUUGCACUCAUACAGAAUUCAAGAUGGGGAUGAGAUCCUAGUGGUUCCCAAAAAAAAAUAACUGGCAUGCCUAAGGGUCACUGAAAUAUAUAUAUUUAAUUAACCAAACCCACUUUGAAUUAGAACUAUCUAGACUCCACAGAGUGAAUGGAACUUUCAGGGAAAAUAAAAACCACCUAGGCUCAUCACACUUGCUGGGGCUUCAAAGAUGUUUUAGUUGUUCUCAAGCAGCACUACAUGUGUAACAUCACUACACAGUCGCCAGAAACCCCACUUUUGUGCACCUUUGGUUUUGUUGCAGUUCGUUAAUGGUUUCCCUUUUAACUUAAGACUUUACAAGCAAACCCAAAUUUUCAAAGGCCCAUUUCUUCAAGAAUAAAGCACAGAGGAGGGCUCUGGCACCCCAGAAUGUGCAUUUUACAGAUCUUUAGACAAUCACUAAUAGCUCAAAUACUGACUGAGAACAUGUUGCACUGCACUGAUGUCUUAAAGGAGAAAUCAUGGACGUGUUCAUUGCCUGGCAAACCCCAUUUGUGUGUUGUAUUCUGUGUGAGCCAUUAACUACAAACAAAAGACUCUCAGGCCUUAUAUAUCUUAUAUAUGGGCAAUGCUAGCUUCACAUGAGUAAAUAUUUGGGAAUAAUUUAAUUCACUUCUAUCUUUCCUUUUUUUUUAGGUCUAGUUCAUUUUAUUAUUUUUUAUGUUGUGAUUGAUGUCAGAAAAAUUGCAGAACAGAAAGCAGGUACUGUUUAAAUGUAUUCAUUUUUUUUUUUUAAAGGAAAACCUCUAUUAGUACUUUCCCUAUUGAAUGUAGUGCUGUGGAUGGCUCAACUCCUUCAAAACAAGGCAUACAUUGGGGAAAAUUUUAAUUCUAAUUUCAAAUUCGUUCAUGUCAAGUGUUGUGUUGGUUUCUACUUUUUAUCCUCACCCUAAUAAGCCCUGUUGAGUUACAAAAAGACAACACAGUCAACCAAAGAUUGUUUUAUUAUGAUGUGCAGUAUUUGAUGUAUAAUUAUUCAUUAACUGAUUGGUGUCAAUUGUUUUAUUAAAUGACAAUACAUAAAUUAGUUGCACAUCAAUCAUGGUGUAUUACUUUAUCCAGCUAGUAUACAAUAAGAAGGGGUUUUAAAACCUUUGAAUUAUUUAAGACCUUAUUGACUCAAUGAUUAUGCGGCUGUUAGUUCACAUGUCUGACGUGUGUUGAAAUGUGCAGUGCCAGACUGUUUCCUUAUGAUGUAGAAUAUGCCAGUGUCAGGGACAGAAAGCAAUGUUUAUUUUUAAUGUUUUUUUUUUUUGUUUGUUUUUUUGUUUUUUCAUCAGAUUAAUUAUUUCAUCAUUUGCUUACCAUGCCUGGUUCUACAAAAUCAACUAGGUUUAGCAACUAAAACUGGCUAAAAUGCUAAUUGGUUUUAAUCACUCUUUAAUGUUGCUAGUAAUUAAAGGAAAAGUUCACCCAAAAAUGAACAUUUCCUCACUAUUUACUCUCCCUCAUACCAUCCCAGAUGUGCAUGACUUUUUCUUUGGCAGAACACAGAGUUUUGGAAGAAUAUCUCAGCUCUGUAGGUCCAUACAAUGCAAGUGAAUGGUGACCAUAAUUUGGAAUCUCCUAAAAGCACAUGAAGGCAGCAUAAAAGUAAUCCAUAUGACUCCAGUGGUUUAAUCCAUGUCUUUUUCAGCAAUCUAAUCAAUUUUGGGUGAGAACAGACCAAAAUGUAACUCAUUAUUCACUGUACAUCUUGCUAUUGCAGUCUCUAGGCCCGAUCAUGAUUUCAAGCUUUGAUUACACUUCCUAGUGCUUGAUGCAUGUGCAGAGCGCUAGAUGGUGAUAGGUAGUCUGCUUACUGCUGAUAUCAAGAUUUAUUGUGAAAAUGGAAAAAGGUUAUAUUUUGGUUUGUUCUCAGCCAAAACCGAUUGGAUCACUUCCUUUAUGUGCUUUUUGGAGCUUCAUAAUUUUGGUCACUGUUCACUUGCAAUGUAUGGUCCUACAGAGAUAUUCUUCUAAAAACCUUUGUUUGUGUUCUGCAGAAGAAAGAAAGUCAUACACAUGUGAGAUGGCAUGAGUAAAUAAUGAGAUUCUUGAACUGGAAUAUCAACAUGAUUUCUUGACUUAUAACAUGAUAACAUGACUUGAAGGAUGUACUAAUUGGAAAAAACACUUUGUGUAAUUGUCAAUGUAUUUACAUUAUUAUGUUUCGCUGACACACUUCGCAAAUGUUUGGGUUAACAGGAGAUUCGAUUUUCUACAAUGUACUGAUAUAUAAUAGUGUAUGAAGAGAAGAAUUUUAGUGUGGGAGUUUUAAGUGAUCUACAAAUAUAUAUAUAUAUAUAUAUAUAUGCACAUAGUAUAUAUUAUGUGAAUUUUUUUAUUAUACCAUCCUCUUUGUCUUUAACAUUCCUUAUGCUGUUACCUGCUACCCCUAGGCAAACUUUCAAGCAGUAUGAAGCACUGUUUUUUUCUUCUGGAGAAUUUCCUUUUAAAGUAUCAAUAUUUUAUGUUUAGUGCCCACACAGGACAUGCUACUGAUAUUAAUGUUUCUCUUUUGCAUAAUUAUUUUAUGAUUUUUGUGAACUAUAUGCAUUAUUAAUGUUCCAUAUGAUUUGUAUCACCUUAAAUGAAAUGUCACUAACUGUGACUGAUGUGUACGAAGUGUGAAGACAGAAACUGUAAGAUAUACACUGAAGAUAUUGUUUAGUUUGAACUGAAAUUGAUUGCCAUUUACAAGGCACAUUUUGACCAGUGUGAUUCAGAGUAAACUACUUUUCAUCUUUCCAAGUUAUACUUUUUAUAUAUUGUUUUAAUCUUUCUUAAGAUGUUGUCUGUAUAGUUUAAAAAUUCAAUGUUCCCCAUGCUUUCUUCUUGGUUUACAUAAUCAGUUGUACAUUUACAGUUCUUUAUCUUAAAUUAAUUGGAGAGACACUUCUGGAUAUUGUAAAAGGUCUGUGUAAAAGGCCAUUAUGCGUCAAAGGGAUGACAACUGUAAGAUAAUAAUCAAAUGGAUGCAUUAGGCCUGUUAUUGUAAUGAACACUGAAAUACUUGCGAGUUUAGUUGCACAUUGUCACAUCAUUAACAUAUUGCAGUUUUAAAAUCAAAUGUGACUGUUUUAUGCCAUUGAUUUGCCAGCAUAUGUGCACAAUAUUGUAUACAAGUAGAAGAGUUAAAUUAGUUCCUGAAAAUCUAAGUGAAAAUAAACUUUUACUGACUGUCGUA